AUGGAAGGCGAAUCAUUUUUCGCCGCAUUUCUGGUGUUCAUGUCUAGAUUUAGCCGUCAGUUUGUUAACUCAACCGUAUCUACUGAAGUCUACUUGGUCUGCAAUACCAUAUGGGAUUUUGAAGGAGUUUCAUGUCCCAUUAACACUUCAAGCGUACAUGGUUACCACCUUGCUUUGCAUGGUCGCUGUUUCAAUCAUCACCAUCUUCGAAAACCGUUACUUCCUUCUAUUCGCCGAACACACUUGGUGGCGGUUUGCUCGUCGACCAUUCCUUGCCAUCAACUACAUUCUCGCCAUUCUCUACCACGUCCCAACCGUGCUCGGCGCGCCGGAGCAAAACAGUGCCCGAGCUGCAACUUUCAAAGAAUUCCCCGAAUUUCGGCAGUUAGAUUCCCCGGAAAACCCGAUUUAUGUACUGGUUUUGAAUAACCCAUGGGUUUCGUAUAGACAGAUUGCAAUGGAAGUGACAGUUGUAACAGAGGGCUUGACUAUAGCUUUCCUGCUAAAAUAUAAAAUGAAAAACGGAGUGAAAGAGGUGAAAAUGUCGGAGACCACUGCAAGGUUGCAAAAAGCUUUUUUAAAAGCUUUAUAUAUUCAGGUCUUACUACCGUUCAUGGUGAUUCUGGUUCCAUCUAUAGUAUCCCUUUUUUCCGGAAUUUUAAAAAUCUCAACUCAAAGUGUUAAUAACCUGGUGUACAUUACGCUUUCCUGUCUACCAUUGUGAUGCUAUUAAUUCAAAAACCCUACUGAGAAUUUUGUUUAGUAUUGGUCGGAAAGUCAAAUCGGCGACAGAAAAUCACUGCCAUAUCGACAAUUAGUCGAAGAUCUGUUAAAACUGCUCAAGAAUUUGUGUUGACCAUUCAAAAACCGUACCGAGAAUUUUCCCUUGGAAUGAUCUGAAAGUCCUAUCGGCGACAGAAAGCGUCAUCCACCUCGACUUU